GUUGUUCCCCUUGUGUUCCCUUCUGGUCAAACAUUAUGUGGGAAUCCCAUUCUGCCAUUCUCGAUUGAACUCCCCUCUGGACCCAGAAAAGGACACACCUUGAAGUUGAUGCCUUGGGAUGGCGGGCGUCCUAAAUUCUUCUAAUUUCAGAUCUUAAAACGUACUGGGUGAACCCAAAAUUUCCCCAAAUGCAAAGAAAAUGGCAAGCUGUGCAGUGGAUGGUGGCUGUGCCAGCGACUACAUAGCCAUCGCUAUAUCAGCCGUCUGUUUCAUUUUGCUUCUUUCGCGGUUAAUCUUGCCCUUUGCCAUUCACAAGAUUCCUAUACCGAAACGCAGUAGCUUUUGGAUUCCAGCUAUUCAAAUUUUCGCCAGCUUCAACCUUCUGUUGUCAAUUGUGAUGUCUGUCAAUUUUCUGAAAUUCGAAAAGAGACAUUGGUGGCAGUCUUGCUAUGCGUGGGCAGUCUGGAUUGAAGCUCCACUUGGCUUUGGUUUAUUACUGAGCUGUCGCAUAUCACAGGCCUUCCAGCUGUAUUACAUUUUUGUCAAGAGGUGUCUACCACCAAUCAGAUCGUAUAUUUUCCUUCCACUAAUUCUCUUGCCAUGGAUUGCUGGUGCUGCACUUAUGCAUAUCAAGAAGCCUCUAAAUGAUCGAUGCCACAUGGGGACUCAGUGGAUCGUCCCAGUUGUGUCCCUCCAUGCAAUCUAUGUUGCCAUUUUGGUUGGGUUCACGGGGGCUAUUCAGCACAUAGAGUUCAGGUUUGACGAACUUAGAGACCUCUGGCAGGGAAUACUUAUCUCAGCCUCUUCUAUUGGAGUAUGGGUUGCUGCUUACAUUUUGAAUGAAAUUCAUGAUGAUAUCUCAUGGCUUCAAGUUGUCUCUAGAUUUGCGCUCUUAGUUACGGCAAGCAUUCUUGUAUUAUCUUUCUUUUCGAUAUCAAGUUCACAACCUCUUCUAUCGCAAAUCAGCUUGAGGAAAAGGGAACCCCUAGCAUUUGAGACAAUGGGUCAGGCUCUGGGUAUACCUAACAGUGGACUACUAUUACCAAGGGAACCAGCACCAGUGAUAGACCCUAAUGAGCCACUUGAUAAACUGCUUAUGAACAAAAGAUUCCGUCAGUCCUUCAUGUCCUUUGCAGACAGUUGUUUGGCAGGGGAGAGUGUGCAUUUUUAUGAGGAAGUGCAUGAACUUGGCAAGAUACCGGUGGAUGACCCUGUAAGAAGGAUUUACAUGGCACGACAUAUCAUCGACAAGUACAUAACUGCAGGUGCAACAAUGGAGGUGAACAUUUCUCACCGAAGCAGGCAAGCGAUUUUGACUACUUCCAAUCUGGCACAACCAAAUCUGUUCAAUGAUGCAUUGAAUGAGCUGAUACAGUUGAUGAAAAUGAACUUGGCAAACGAUUACUGGUCAUCCACGUACUUCAUGAAGUUCAAAGAAGAAGCCAGUAUGAGAUCUCAUGAGCUACAACAGAUGACAAGUUGGAACUCUCCCACUCCCAGGUUGAGUUCUGUACGUGGUGUCGAUGAUCCAUUUCACCAAGAACAAGAACCAUGACUUUGUCCUUUACUCGCCACAUCAAAAUCAAAAUGUGUUUGAUUCACAGACAGGCUUAAUUAGCGUCACUUGCUUACAUAGGAACUUUUUCACAUAUUAUUGAAAUGACAAGAAUUAGAGAGGUGAACUAUUUCAACCA